AUGGGGAGGCAUAGGUUGAUGCUGGCAGCCUUCAGUUCCAACCCUGCACCACUAAGUGAGACCCGUCUCUCUGAAGAGGGUUCACUUACAGAAGUAGGGAAGGCUACCUUCUUCUGGAAAGGCCUACCAGAAGGAGUACAACGUAAUUAUGGUGUAGCCUUUGCUGUCAAAACAUCAAUGCUGUCAUCAAUUCCACAGAGCCCGAUAGGAGUACAUGAACGCCUCAUGAGUUGGCGUAUACCAUUAACAGAUAGCCGGUACGCAACUCUGAUUAGUGCUUAUGCUCCCACACUGGAUGCAGAAGAAGAAUCAAAAGAUCGGUUCUACUCACAGCUUCACACCUUAUUUCAAUCAAUUCCCCAUGAUGACAAAAUCAUACUCCUAGGUGAUUUUAAUGCAAGAGUUGGUCGUAAUCACCAGCUUUGGCAGGGGAUCAUGGGACGACAUGGGACAACUUGGAUGCACCCAAGAUCAAAAACAUGGCAUAUCCUAGACUAUGCUAUUGUUAGGCGCAAAGACCUGCGUGAUGUUGUGAUUACCAGAGCCAUGAGAGGGGCUGAUGGAUGGACUGACCAUCGCCUUGUCCGAACUACCAUGAAGCUCUGUAUACAAAUUGUAGGAACACGUCUAUCAGAUCCCAAUCAACCUGUCUUUCCUCCAACACAAGAAGGUCUGAACCAGAAUUGGGACCAUGUGAGCAACAUACUUCUCGACUCGGCAACAUCUAUCCUCGGCACCACCAAGAGGAAGCAUAGAGACUGGUUCGACGAGCAAGCACCAGAUAUUCACAACCUACUAGAAGAAAAAACAAAGCUCACCAAGCAGCUAUUAACAACCCAAAUGCUACAACAAGCAACCUUUGCAGAAGCUAGGUCCAAAGUUCAGCAUAUGACAAGAUCAAUGCAAAAUGAGUGGUGGUUAAAAUUAGCAGGGGAAAUUCAAGGAUUUGCUGAUAUAGGGAACCAGCAAGAAUUCUAUAGUGCCAUAAAAAGAGCAUAUGGCCCACAGAGAACUGCAACUUGCCCCAUUAGAAGUGCAGACGGGUCCAAACUCAUCACUGAUAAAAAAGAAAUACUGGACCGCUGGGCCGAGCACUACCAACACCUUCUAAACAGAAGCAACCCCUCUGACCCCACUGUCUUUGAAAAUCUUCCUGAAUUUCCCACAAUUCCAGAAUUGGAUAACAUGCCACACGCCAAGAAGUGCAUAUGGCAAUAA